ACUUUCGAGGGCUGUGCAUAGUUCUCCAUGGAUGUUCAUUCUUAAAAUAUAGUAAAUAAAAUGUCAACAUGAAAUUUAUUUACUUUGAUGUAAUAUAAAGAAUCUACAUGACGAAGAAAUACACGUCAUUUCCUAAUUUGCUUAGUAGUGCUGCUCAACUUUCGACGAAUAUCAGUUAAUAGAGGCAAAUAAUAAACUUCAAUUAAAAACAAUAUAAGAAAACAAAUAGGGAGAAAGGUAGCGUCAGCAAAAUACUUAAAACAAACACAAAUUGCAAACCUGUAUAUACUGCAGCAAUUACGCCGAGACCUAUUCUGUACAAUAAAUUAAAAGUAAUAUAAAUGGAUGAAGUUAAAGUGGAUAUCAGUGGAGAAAUGAAUGCUCCAAAAGAUCAACAAAGAUCUCAGUUUGAUUUUAGCAGUCUCACAAACUUCCAAAAGAUACCAAGCCCAUUGGAGAUUAUACAGCUAACACGUAAAUACAUACGACCAUGGUCUGAGUUUAUGAACACAGCUAAUUUCAAGACUGCAGCAAGUAUGCCACGUUUGACGAGUCGUUUUUUUCGCAACAUCACCUACUUCCAAAGCAAUUACAUUUUCAUAUUUGUAAUAUUGAUGAUAUACUGUCUCAUUACCUCACCACUGAUUUUGCUGGUUUUGGCGGUAGUGGCGUUCGUAAGUCAUAGAAUUAGGAAGGCUAAAACACCUGUUAAUAUUUUUGGACACCAAUUAUCAACCAAUCAUCAAAUAAUAGCUGUGAACAUUGCUUCCAUGCCGAUACUUUUAAUAGCAGGAGCGGGCGCGGCACUAUUCUGGACACUGGGAGCUUCUUGCUUUGUGAUCUCAUUACAUGCCAUAUUCUACAAUAUUGAUGCAAUCGUAACUGAAGAAAAUGAGGGAUUCCUAGCAGAAGUUGUAUAAACGAGCUCGAUACUUGACAACAUGUAAUUUAAAUAUACGAAAUGUAUCCACUACAUUAUUUAAAGAUUACAGCCAAUAUUUUAAUUAUAGAUAAUUUUUUAAUAUUGUUAUUUUAAAGGCAGAGUAUGAUGAUCAUAAAAAAUAACCAAGCUUCCUUUUAUAAA